AUGACAACCUCAUCAUCUUCAUCUCAUCGUAUGACAGCCUACGACAUGUUCCGGUCGGGACGUGAUACGGUCCGACUAUCGCGGGCAUCAAUGGUGGACUUGUUUCACUCGGCGUUUGCCUCCAAUAAUAAUAAUGAUAACUUAAACUACAAUGGUCAUGGUUAUCAGGGAGACUCAGCAUCAGACAAGAUUUAUUGGUCAAAGGACCAAAUGUCCAACCUCAACGAUGAAGCUGGAAAAGGAAUCGAGACUAUGGAUCGGACUGGUAGUCUUGCGAAGGAAUUGGCUGUGAUCCAGCAGGAAUUUGCGAGCAAGUUAAAAGCCCUCCACAAAAAGCACUACUGGAAAAUGAAGAAUGAGAACGAGCUCAUCAACUCACUUUCCUGUAAUCGAGGAUUCAAUGAAAUGGUGGAUGGGCUGAUUCCAAUUGCUGUUCAACAUGAGAGCAUCGCCGAAAACCUCAAAACCAAUGUCAUCCCAUUUGCCAAUCAGAAAGCAACGGAGUAUCGGUUGGCUAGAAAACAGAUGGAAACUGACAACAACAACAUUCACAAGCAGUUGAAUGCGGCGGUCAAUGAAAUGGUGAAGGCUAAUAAGGAAUAUGGGAAAACCUUCAAGGAGACCGAGGCCGCCAUGCUGAAAUACGCCAAGGCUGAGAAGAACAUGGAGAUUUCUCGUUUGGAACUCGAGAAAACAAAGAACAACUACCAGGUGAAAUGCGGAAUGCUAGAAGAGUCGAAACAGACCUACGCUGCAAUGACACACAAGGCUAAUGAGGAGCAAGCGGCACACUUUGACAAGAAACUUCCGCAACUGCUAGAGAAUUACAAGAAAUUGCAUUUCAAUAGAAUCAUCGACACCGUGGAGCUCUUCAAUAAGGUUGUAGAAGCAGAGGCUAGUGUUAUUUCUAUUAUUGCUAGUUGCCAUAACGACAUGCGUCACAACAUUGCUAAGAUCGACCCAGUGCGUGAUGCAAACUUGGUGGUGGAGAAUUUGAAGUCAGGACAUCCACGUCCUGCACCAUUUGCAUUCGAAGAUAUGGGCAACCCGAAAACUUUCUUGGCUGGAGGUGGAGGCGGAUCGAUUGAAACAAUCGACUCAACCCUCAAAAAAGGUACCCUACUGGGAAAGAAAGAUGGAAAGGGAGUAGCCCGCAAGCAAUCCAUGCACCAGAAGUUCUUCGGAAGCGGCAACAAUGACAAGAAGGACACUGGAGACUACGGAACUCUGCCACCACAACAAAGAGCUCGUAAGCUUCAAGCUAAAAUUAGCGAGUUGGAAAAGGAGAAGGCUACGUCGGCUCAGAGCUUGGAGGGUGUGAUGAAGAUGCAAAAUGCAUAUCGAGAAAAUCCAAAACUGGGAAAUCCCGCUGUUUGUGAACCUCAAAUCGCUCAAUAUGGAAAAGAGAUUGAAGCGUUGAACAAUCAGAUCCAGAAGUUUCAUAUUCAAUUAGAUGAAGUCAAUAGUCAGUUGAUUGGAUCUGGCGGUGGUUUCUCUGCAUCAAGUAUUGGAGGAAGUGACACACCACCAUCAAUCCGAUCAGUGUCCUCGGCAUCAUCUGGUGUGACGUCAAGAGUGAAUACCAUCAAUGACGGACGUCGUGCAGCUAAUGGUGGCAGUGAACGACGGGAAAGCACUUCCGGAAGCGACAACGAUCCAACUACUAAUGGAAAUGGAAAUGGUAUACGGGAUGAGAUGUACGAGGAACUCUCCAACCCGCCCAACCCAAUUAUCGGAGAAGGAAUUGCUCAGUUUGCUUUUGAUGGUGCACAAGAUGGUGCGAUCCGGAUGGAUUCAAAUGAAAAGUUAUGGAUUAUCGAGAAAGACGAGGGAGAUGGAUGGACCAGAGUGAGAAAGUGUGACAACUCAGCCGAUGGAUUUGUUCCCAGCUCCUACCUUAAAAUUCAAUAUUAUACCAGUCAGUGCUAA